AUGGCCUUCCUUGAGUUGACCGCUCCCCGCUCUCCUACUCCGGAGUCGGUUUCUACUAUCUCCUCUGAGGAUAAGAAACCUGUUGCCCUCAACCCUCUUGCUCCCGCCUUCGAGCAGACUACCAACACUACCUCUACUGAGGUUGACACUGAAAACACUGACAAGGUCUUUGAUCAGAUGAUCGCUCACCUCAACGCGAUGCGGGCCAAGGUUCAAGCCCUUGAGUCCGAAAACAACGAGUUGAAGGCUCAGGUUGAGUACGAAAAGUCCUUCAAGGAGCACUUCUCCAAGAACCUUGAUGAGGCCAACAACAACUGGCGCUCGGCUGAACUUGAGGCUGCUACCAAGGUCCAAGCUCUAGAGUCCAAGAACAGCGAGCUCAAGGCUCAAUUCGAGCACGAGAAGUCCUCCAAGGAGCAGCUUUCCAACAGCCUCGACCAAGCCAGCCGCAACUUGCACUCUGCCGAGUCUGAAUACGCUGCCAAGAUUCAGGCUCUCGAGUCAGAAAACAAUGAGAUCAAGGCUCAAGUUGAGUACGAGAAGUCUUUCAAAGAGCACUACUCCCAAAGCCUCGACGAAGCCAACCGCAACUGGCACUCUGCUGAAUUUGAGGCUGCUGCCAAGGAAGCCGAGCUUGGCCGUGUUCGCGAGCGUCUGAGCCUUGUCGAAGCUCAGGCAACUGAACAGGAGGAGCUACAUUCCGUCAAGGAACAGAACAUCGAACUGAAGGCUCGUUACCGCUAUCAGUUCCUCCUGACUACUCACCACCAUGUCCAAACUCUCAAGCAUAUGAUGCAAGACUGGAAGGCUCAGGUGGCAGAAAAGAUCGAAGAGGAGUACGAGAAGAACAAGGAGAAGGAAAACGACUCUGCUGCUCCAGUCGAUGCCGAGUACGAACGACUCAAGGCUCUGAUCGAAGGCCAUGACUACAUCAUCACCAACAUCAAGAAGGGCAACGACAAGUUUGCCACUCUGAUCAAUGAUCUCCGAGAGAGCGAGAAUCCCACUCUCACUUCUGAUCUCGCUGCCGAUCGAUUCGAGGCUUUCUUGAUGGAGCGCGUCAAGAUGGUCGACCAGCUUGAGCAGGAGAAGCAAGAGUUUGUCGAGAUGGUCAACGAGAACUAG